UGGCGCGUACUCGGUUGGCAGCUACGAUUCUGCGGCGGAUUUUAAUCGACAAUUUCGCUUCCUUUCCAUUUCCAUUUCCGUAGCGAUCAAUUCUUCCAAUACGUUUCCACUUUCUUGCUGUUUCCCAACUCUCUCUCUACAUUUCCCAAACCCACUGAAGCAAGCAACAACAAUGGCGGACACCAUGGACGACGAUGAUUACCUUCAAGAAGUAGUCUCCGAGCAGCGUUCGGAACUGCUUGCCGCCAAAACCCUUUUCUCUGACCUCGAUUUGGCCUUCCAACUUCAAUUGCAGGAGGCUAUGAAUGCCUCUCUUGAUUCUAAACCAUCGACUCAACCGUCUCCGUCGCGGAACAGGGUCGUUCCGAAGUUGGAGUCUGAAGAUUCUUCCAGCGCUUUGGACUUGGCCACAACUCUUAUGCUCGAGGACAUUGCGCGGUUCGCCAUGGAGUUCAAGGACCGGGAGCAGUGUCACACUGAGAUGAGAAAGAUGAAGGAGGAACUCGACCGUCGGAUUCACGAUCAGAACUUCGCGACCUACAUCCGAAAUGUUCCGGAGGAUGAGUGGAGGAGGUAUGGGGACAACUACGAGAAGCCGUACAGUGGGAGUUCUGGUUCUUCUUCCUCGUCGUCGUCUUCGUCUCCGGCGAGGGUUUGUUUGGAUUCUGAAAUUUUCAGGGUUUAUUCGAAGGGGUUGAUCAGCGAAGAGAGGAUUAGAGAUAUGAAGGUGAGGGUGGCCGCGAUUGGGGUUGCGGUUUGUGACCCUAAGGAUAAUCUGUUGUUUGAGAAGAUGAUGCCUUUGGAAUCUGUGGUGGAUGGUAAGGAGAUCAACAGCGAAUGUGCUGAGCUUGAGGCGCUUGUUGAAGGGCUCAAUGUUGCUCUUAUUUUAGGCUUGAAAAACGUCACUUUUUUCUGUGCAGACUAUAUGCUCUACCAGUAUCUUACAGGUCGGGUGCCUCCAGGAGCAAGCUCAUUGGCAACGUUGGUUAAUGAGGUGAUUCUUCUCCAGAGAAGAUUUACCUAUUGUAACCCUUCCCUGGUGACACGCAACGAUAUGAAGUUUGCUUUCAAACUUGCAAGAGAGGCAAUAGUUUCUCAGAUCACCUGGCCUACAGAAGCUGGCAAUGGAAAGUGCUUGAAGAAGGAAACUUGUAUAAUUUGCUUUGAAGAUGUUCGUGUGGAUCAGAUGUUCUCAGUUGAUGGUUGUUUGCACAGAUACUGCUUUUCUUGUAUGAAGCAGCAUGUAGAAGUAAGGUUGCUAAACGGGAAUGGGAUGAAGGUAAAUUGUCCUCAUCAGGGCUGUACCUCAGGAAUUAAUAUAGAAAGCUGUGGAAAGUUCUUGGAACCUAAGGUGAUUGAGAUCAUGAGCCAAAGGAUUAAGGAAGCUUCUGUGCCUAUUCUGGAGAAAGUUUACUGCCCCUAUUCCAGGUGCUCAGCAUUAAUGUCCAAAAGCGAGCUUUUAAAAUACACUGAGGCUUCAUUUAUUGGUGCAGAACAAUCUGGGGCAAGGAAAUGCAUGAAAUGUAAUCAGUUUUUCUGCAUUAACUGCAAGGUCCCUUGGCACUAUAAUCUGACUUGCUAUGACUACAGAAAGUCAAAUCCUAAUCCUCGUCCGGACGAGACUAUGCUAAAGUCUCUUGCAUCGAGGAAACUAUGGCGCCAAUGCGUGAAGUGUAACAAUAUGGUUGAAUUGGCUGAGGGCUGCUACCACAUUACCUGCAGAUGUGGAUAUGAAUUUUGCUAUAUAUGCGGCGCCCCAUGGAAAAACAAGAAGGGUACAUGUACCUGUCCGAUUUGGGAUGAGCGUAACAUCAUUCGUGAUCAACGCCAACAACGUCGAAGAUGAGCUUUUGAGAAGUUCUUUCCCUGUUCAGUUUCUGUUUCUUUGCACUCUUUUGGAAGGUAGGUAGUCAAGACGCACACCAGAAAUUAUGUGCAGUCCUCUAGUUGGUGACAUACUGAUAUUAGAUCACAGUUUUUUUGUUAACUUUGAAUGUUUCGUUUUCAAACAUUUGUGAACUUGCAAGAUAGUACAGGAGGUAGUCGAUUUAAGGGAACCAAUGGAAGAAAACAAGUGUAAAGAGCAAGUUUUUUGCCUGGCUUUUGACCUUAAGA